GAAAAAAAGCGAGACACCCAGUUUACACGAACCCUCAACAAAAGAGAACAGUACGAUUUCGCAUCUUCCAAGAACAAUACGACUCCAUGCGAUAGACUUCGUCACACUCUGUGAGAAGGAUACCUGAAUUCGGUUCCUCUUCUUUCUCAGUAGAACAUCAGCUUUGCUUUGCUCAGAUUCAAACCCUAAUAAUUCUAAACUCUUUAGGGUUUGAUCUUUGAAAUUUUCGAUCGAAAAGGGAAUUUUUAGGGUUUGUUUCUAUAUUUUGAAAGAGAAGAUCUGUAAGUUAAGAUCCGGGUUUCUUGAACUAAGAAAAGAUUGAAUGCAAGGAUAAUUGAAACAACUAAUUAGAUGGAGGGAGGAGAGGGUGAUGGUGCAUCAUCAGCUAUGGCACCGUUGGCAAAGUGGAGACACGAUUUCUCAAUGGCUUUUCAGUAUUACUUGGAUAGAUCAACUCCUCAUCCAGUUCAAAGAUGGAUUGGAACUUUAGUUGCUGCGCUGAUUUACAUUCUACGUGUUUAUUAUGUUCAAGGGUUUUAUAUCAUCUCUUAUGGUUUGGGCAUUUAUCUUUUGAAUCUAUUGAUUGGUUUUCUGUCACCGAAGGUUGAUCCAGAACUCGAGGUAAUGGAUGGUCCCUCAUUGCCUACAAAAGGUUCUGAUGAAUUCAAACCUUUCAUUCGUCGACUUCCCGAGUUUAAAUUCUGGUAUUCCUUCACAAAGGCAUUCUUUGUGGCAUUUCUCAUGACAUUUUUCUCUGUGUUUGAUGUGCCCGUAUUCUGGCCCAUAUUACUUUGCUACUGGAUUGUCUUAUUUGUUCUUACAAUGAAACGUCAGAUCUUACACAUGAUCAAAUACAAAUACAUUCCAUUCGACUUCGGAAAGCAGAAAUACUCGGGGAAAAACAAAUCUAGUGGUGCCAGUAGCAGUUGCUUAUCACCAGACUGAAAUUCUGCCAAAUGACACGUUGAUUAAACUGAGGAAUGACUUGAACAAAUGCCUCCUUUUAAAUUCCCCAUGUUAUCAAACAUGUUCAGUGUCAUAAAAGUUUAAUUAUAUACUUUAAGAUUCAGGUUUUGUUUUUGUAAAUUUUAAUUCAGUUCAGGUACCUUUUACACUGCUGUAAGGUUUUUCCUGUAAAAUAAUUCUUAGAAAUACUUCAUUCUUAUUCGAUUAGUUUAGUAAAAAAGUAUUCUCAUGUUA